AUGCAAAAACUAUUGUGCCGUGGUACCGCUGCUACUCCUAUCCUUUUUUGAGACUGCCAUAGUGUUUGCAUAUUCACUUCAGUUGCAUUCGUCCACUCCAAGUCCCAAAUGGCGCUGAGAACUAUUUUCCUCUUCGGCUGUGUGAGUACUUUGAUUUUCCUUCAGUUGGUCAAGGGGAGGCCUAAUGGAGCACCAAUAGAGGUCUGUGCGACGAAGUUGCCCGGUCACCGCAUACCGGGAACCACAAACAACUACCCACCGCAGGUAACAGCCAGUCCGUAUGUGACCGGAGCCACCUCAUCAACAUACACCAUCAACCAAGCCAUCGGAGUCCGGGUCAUUACUCUGCAAGGCCAAACUCAGCCGGUGGCAUUCUUCCUCCAAGUCUUGGACAGCAGCAACAACGCCGUGGGGCAAUGGGUGGAUUACCCCUCCCAGGUGGCCCACACUUUCUCAUGCAACGUCCCUGGCAGCGUCCUGCCAGCAGAUCAGGAUUCCGUGACUCACAACGAUGUGACUGCCAAGCCCACGGACAUGUUGUUCAUGUGGAUGGCGACAGCGGACUACGGACCCGUCACAAUAUAUGCCGUUGUUGCUCAGCAGUUUACAACAUUCUGGGUCAUCGAGACAAGUAUGCUUUCCUAUCAAGUGUCAGCUUGUGUGUCCAACCCUUGUGUGAAUGGUGGAACAUGUAGCAAUGCCGGCCAGGGCGGUUACACCUGUAAUUGCCCCACUGGUUACAUUGGUACUAACUGUGAAAUAGAAAUGCCUUGUAGUAGCAACCCUUGCAUGAAUGGAGGAUUGUGUUCAGUGAGAGUGACCCCAGUGGGACAGUUCACCUAUGAAUGCCAGUGUCUGCUUGGUUUCUCAGGAACCAACUGCGAAGUUGACCCUUGUCGCAGUGGUCCAUGUCUGAAUGGGGGCACGUGCCGUCAAUUCAGUUCUGUCACUGGUAAUCUGAUCUAUCAGUGCACAUGUCCUUCAACACAUUUGGGAACCAACUGUGAAGUCGAAGUUGGUCCUUGUAGCAGUGGUCCUUGUCAGAAUGGAGGUGUGUGCGGUCAAUUCAGUUCUGCCCCUGGCACUCGGGCCUAUCAUUGCCAAUGCCCUCAGACUCAUACAGGACUCAACUGUGAACUUCAAGUGGAUCCAUGCGGAAGUGGCCCCUGUAGAAACGGCGGCACUUGCCAAUCGUUGGGCUCUUCAUCUGGUCUGCUGGUCUAUCAGUGUAGUUGCUCAUCGUUGUUCACGGGAACCAACUGCGACGUCCCAGUUAACCUGUGCACCACCCUGAGCCCCUGCAGAAAUGACGGCACCUGCCUCUCAACGACCACAAAUAACCAGCCGAGUUACGUCUGCGUGUGUCCUAAUGCGUGGAUGGGCCUGACAUGUGAAGAAUUUGUUAACUUGUGCCUCACCUUGACCCCUUGUAAUAAUGGAGGGACGUGCACGCCUACCAGUAAUAACAACGUGGCCGGUUACCAGUGUGCCUGUCUGUCUGCUUGGACGGGCCCAAACUGCGAGACGCCAGCCAAUCUCUGCAACUCGCUGCCGUGUCAGAAUGGAGGUACCUGCACGCCACAGAACACUGGGGGCCAAGCCGCCUACAGCUGUACCUGUCUCUCAGCUUGGACGGGCACUAACUGCCAAACAGCAGUGAACCUCUGCGUCCCCGUCUCUCCGUGCCAAAACGGUGCCACCUGCUUACCCGAUAAUCCCAACAAUCAGGCUGGCUUCAGAUGCUUCUGUCCAACCAGCUGGACUGGCAUCAUCUGUGAAAUUCCAGUGUCGGGAUGCAACAGUAAUCCCUGUCAGAAUGGAGGCCAUUGUAUCCCCACCCCUGGCGCAUCGGACUACACCUGUGACUGCACUGUAAUUCCCGGGGAGCCUUUCAUUGGAACAUACUGCCAAAAUGCUAAUCCUUGCUUCAAUAACAACGAGUGCUUGAAUGGUGGAGUCUGUGGUUAUGAGAAUGCUGAUGCAACUCCAACCAUUGUCUGCAACUGUCCGUCCACGCACACUGGUUCACGUUGCGAAAUUGUCGUUGCCUGUCUCAACCAUGGCUGUGUGCGUGGGUCAUGCAUCCCCCAGGGUGUCUCCUACAUCUGUCUGUGCGAACCAGGCUGGGGCGGUGUUCUUUGCGAUCAAGAGUUGCAAUGCUUCCAGAACCCAUGUGGCAAUCACGGCACAUGUCGGGAGCUGGGCAACUCCUUCGUGUGCGACUGCGAGGCAAACUACCAUGGUACCACCUGCAACAUCUUAAGCCCGUGUCUGGCCUCCCCUUGUAACUUUGGGACUUGCUCGGUGAUUGCCAAUGGAGCGUCGUUCAAUUGCAAUUGCUUUCCCAACUGGACGGGUGAACGCUGCAACAUCACUGUCAUGUGCAACCCCAACCCUUGCCUGAAUGGAGGACAGUGCAAUGCCGCCCCAGAUGGAUCCAGCUUUGACUGCACCUGUCUACCGGGCUAUUCAGGAUCUUUGUGCGACAUAGUGGAUCCUUGUGUACGCCAACCUUGCCUCAACAGCGGUCAGUGUAUCCCCGGCAAUUUCAACAGCUUCUCCUGUGUCUGUCAACCAGGCUACCGGGGCGAUUUUUGCCAGGAUGUCGACCCUUGUCUCCCCACUAACCCAUGUCAAAAUGGCGCUCAGUGUACACUCUCCGUCGACGGCUUCAGUCCGCGGUGUACCUGCAUCAAUGGGUACAGUGGCUCAUUCUGCGAGAUAGGUAUCUGCUCGUCUGCACCAUGCCAGAACAACGGUAUCUGUACACAAGUUGGCAGCUCAUUUAGGUGUCAGUGUCCAGCAGACUUUACCGGGACCAGGUGUGAAACAAAUCUCAACAGCCUAUGCAAUAGCCAGCCCUGUAAGAAUGGCGGAUGGUGCUACGACGACGAAUCCCGCGGCUACGUGUGCACCUGCUUAGUAGGUUACAGCGGGAGAGACUGCGAAGUUGGAGAGUUCUCGUGUAACCCAAAUCCCUGCAAGAACAAUGGUCUUUGCACCACUGAGCCUGGGUCCACUUACAAGUGCACAUGCAGGGGAAGUUUUACCGGACGGAAUUGUGAUGUCUUCAUGGGCCCCCAGAGCUGCACGGUCAACGUAUGCAGAAACGGCGGCACCUGCAGCAUCAGCAACCAGGGGGUAGUUACCUGCACCUGUCCACCUCGUUACACUGGUGCCACCUGCCAAACACAGAUUCCCGUACCUCCUGGAGGUUCUGCUAGCACGGUUAUGACCUCCUGGCUGCUGAUAACGGGAGCGAUGCUACUGGCCUGGCUUCUCCAUUGGUAAUCAGACAGAGGCUUGGAUUGGUUGUAGUUGAGUGGGAGGGGGAGGAGCAUGAGUCACCGGGGGGGGGAGUUUUUUGUUUGAUUCUUUUCAUGUAUAAAUCACUUGUUUUGCACUACUUAAUCUAUUAGAAUUACAUAGAACAAUUUUCAUAUUCACUUCUGGGCAAUUUCAGACCAGAAAUUUUCAACGUAUGACAGGAUCGUAGCAUAAGAAUGUGACAUGUUGAUGUCAGGCUAUAACCCUUCAAGAUCAAAGUUGAGAGCAAGGUUGAAAGGAAGGCUGAAGAAUAAACAGGGAAAAUGACCUUUGGCUAAAAUCAGCUGCUGUGGUGAUCAUUAUUUUCCACACAUUGUUGAAUAAUGGCUGUCCUUGUUUUUCUCAGUUUUUCUCGAAUAGAGGUUUUACAGUUUGAAAAUCUGCUGUCCCUGUAGUUUCCCUGCAUUUUUUUCAAAUUGUAUGGAUACAGAGGCUAACAAAUCAUAUACAGAGGCUAACAAAUUAUAAAAGCCGGGAAUGUUGCAUAAAGGCUUCAUAAUUCUCAAAUAUUAUUGGAAACUGGGACAAUUUCUCAAAAAAGAAUAUAAUGUAUUAUCAUUUUAAGCAGAUGUUGAGAAUUGGUAGGCACUUUAAUACAUGUAUCUCUAUGCUGCCAAUUUAGCUGAAAUUUGACACAACUCGUUGAGUACUGAUAGCUAGUAAAGGAAAAUUUUAUGAUGAAUGUAACAUAAGAACUGCAAAUAUAACUCAGAUUGCACAUUUGUGCAAAAUAAACUUCUUCCAUGAAGCCUGCCUGCUGUGUUGAUGUUACACAUGUAUUUGAUAAAUAGAUGUCGCUCCUUGUUCGAAAGAGGGCUCCCUUCAGAUAGACGUAUCUGGAGCUGUGGUCGAGAGUUAUUGUCCUAACGACAGUUCAUUUUCAUUCCAUUGUAUGAUGUACAUGAAAGCAUGUAAAGGUGGUUACGUUGUGAAGAGAAUAGUAAAUAAUUACCGCGUGUAGAUGUACUAGGGUUAAAAUUCACUGAAUUGCUGGGGGGGGGGGGGUUUCAUGAAGUUUCAUCGAGUAAAAACUGAUAGAAAUGAUGGAAAUUAUACCAGAGCUUCUCAUUAGAGUUAAUAUUUGGUUUUGCAUAACAAUGUAUUUUGGUAGUCAAUAUUCAGGGUUUUAUGGUCCGUCGAUAAAAAAAGAAAAAAUUAAUAACCGUCAAUUAAAAAACAUGUAUGUUUGUACAGAGACUUUGUCUUUGAUUCUUAAUAUAUACUGAUUUGGUAAAAUGCUUUCAAUGGUUAAUAAUUUGGAGUUUGUAUAUUUUUGCAUAAUCACAACUGAUGUGUAGCAUUGAUAUUCCAUUCAAAAA